CCCUGAGGGUUCCCCUCUGCUAUUCGACAUAAUAGAGGCAGUGAAGGAUAUAACAAAUAUAUAACAAUGUAGACAACAAUUCUUUUAUUUACUCGAGUAUGAAAUCAUACAUAUGUAUUUCAAAGAAAGUGUUUGUGCAUGAGUUUCACCAAAUACAGGCUACUCAUCAGAACGAAAGGGUUAAGUGGCAAAAAUGAUAUGUGUUUUAAAAUGUGUGACAUGGCCAAGAGGAUAAUAUAAUGUGUCUUUAAUCUUUUUAUUCAUUAAAAUAAAACAUGCAAAACAUUUGUCAUUGAAAAUACAUCAUGUCUAAACUGUAGAAACGCAAAAAACAUCCAUGAAUAACAAACAACUGAAUGAUUCACAUCCAUUGGUAGCAGUUGGGAUUCUCCUGUGUGCAGAAUCUGACGUAAUGCAGAAAGAGGGCAGCAUCUAUUUGAUCAUUUAUAUAGCCUAGUUGUAAUACCCCGUAAGCACUUGCCUGCUCAUUUUAAGGAUGGCUGUCUUGGUUGCAGUAUUCUUUACACCAACCUUGACUUUGGUUUUAUUUUCGUUAUGUUUUGCGCUUUCUUUGUAUAAAUCUGUGGGUGGUCUAAUAAUGAGAGUAGAGGCUUCAUCUAAUACUGACAAUGCCACUGAUUCUGUUGAUUGUUUGCUCCAGGGUACCCCUAAGAUACCUGCAUUUACACAGAAAGGGGAUUACAUUAUUGGGGGUUCUUUCCACAUGCAUUACUACUUGAAAACAGUGGAGAAAAACUACACCAGCCUUCCAGAGCCCCUAAAAUGCACAGGAAGCAUGGACACCCGGGAACUGCGCUUCUCGCGUGCAAUGACCUUUGCCAUAGACGAAAUCAAUAACAGCAAAGAUCUUCUGCCGGGGGUUGCGCUUGGUUAUAAAAUCCAUGAUUCGUGCUCGUCUGCGCCCAUGGCCGUGCAGGGGGCCUUCCAGUUUACUAAUGACCCGCCUUUGUAUAAAAACAGUAAAGUGUGUUCGCAAUCGGGAAGGGUGUUGGCUGUUAUUGGUGAUUCUGGAUCCACAUCAUCCAUCAGCCUUUCAAGAAUCAUCGGUCCUUUUGAAAUUCCACAAGUUAGUCACUUUGCUACAUGUGCAUGUUUGUCUGACAAGAAACAAUACCCAACCUUUUUUAGAACCAUCCCAAGUGAUCAGUUCCAGGCCGAUGCGCUUGCCAAACUUGUGAAAAAUUUUGGUUGGACUUGGAUUGGCGUUGUCCGUUCUAGAUCAGACUAUGGCAACAAUGGGAUGGCGUCCUUUUUACAAGCAGCGCAAAAAGAGGGUAUUUGUGUGGAAUACUCAGAAUCAAUCACUAGAUAUGAUCCAAAGAGCAAGAUUCAACAGGUGGCUGAAGUGAUUCGCAGGUCCACAGCCAUGGUUGUCGUGGCAUUUACAUCCCCAGGAGACUUGUGGGUUCUGCUUGAGGAGCUGACCGUGCAUCCUUCUCCUCCUCGCCAAUGGAUUGGCAGUGAGGCCUGGGUAACCCAUCCGGAGGUUCUAAGAUAUCCCCUUUGUGCAGGAGCUAUUGGAUUUGCUAUUCCGCAAUCUAACAUACCAGGUUUUAGAGAAUACCUUCUAGAUCUUUCUCCUGCUAAGGUGGCUGCUUCACACGUGCUUUCUGAGUUCUGGGAGGGUGCAUUCAACUGCGCUGGGUCAGUGAACAGGGUGUGUGAUGGAACUGAAGAUAUACAAAAGCUCCAGAACCCAUUCACUGACACUUCUCAGCUCAGAAUCACAAACAUGGUGUACAAAGCUGUUUAUGCAGUAGCACACGCUAUCCACAAUAUUGUGUGUAAGAAGAUGAACUCAAAAAUGCAAUGUGACCAAUUCAUGAAAGUCCUUGAUCAGUUGAAAAGGGUGAAUUUCUCUCGUAAUGGUUACCACGUCUCAUUUGAUGCCAAUGGUGACCCUGUGGCCUUCUAUGAGCUGAUUAACUGGAAGAGAAAUGAGGACGGUGGUCUGGAGUUUGUAACCGUGGGACAUUAUGAUGAGUCCCUUUCUCCUGGCCAGAAGUUCAAUAUCAAAAGGGAAAUCAGUUGGGCAGAUGGUGGCGUGCCUGUGUCCGUGUGCAGUGACAGCUGUCGACCGGGAACACGCAAGGUUCUCCAGAAGGGAAAACCGAUAUGCUGCUAUGACUGUGUACCAUGUGCUGAAGGAGAGAUAAGCAAUACUACCGAUUCAUCUGACUGUUCCCCAUGUCCCAAGGAGUCCUGGCCCAAUGCCGAGAAGAACUUCUGUCGUCCCAAGCUUGUUGAGUUCCUUUCCUUUAAUGAGAUCUUGGGAAUUAUUUUGGCAGCAUUCUCUAUAGUAGGAGCCUGUUUGACCAUCAUUACAGCCAUAGUGUUAUUCAAGCACAGAUUUACCCCUGUAGUGAAAGCUAACAACUCUGAGCUGAGCUUCCUGCUGCUCUUCUCCUUGACUCUGUGUUUCCUGUGUUCUCUGACCUUCAUCGGCCGUCCCUCAGACUGGUCCUGUAUGCUUCGCCACACAGCUUUUGGGAUCACCUUUGUCCUCUGCAUCUCUUGUGUUCUGGGCAAGACUAUAGUGGUGUUAAUGGCAUUCAAAGCUACAAUACCAGGGAGCAGUGUAGCCAAAUGGUUUGGCUCUAAACAACAGAGAAUGACUGUAGUAUCUUUUACAUUUGUUCAAGUUUUGAUAUGCACUAUUUGGUUGGUUUUGAAGCCUCCUUUCUCUGUUAGAAACCUGACCACUUAUAAGGAUAAAAUCAUUCUAGAAUGUGCAUUAGGUUCAGCAUUAGGUUUCUGGGCUGUGCUUGGGUACAUUGGGCUCCUUGCUGUAUUUUGUUUUGUGUUAGCUGUUUUAGCACGAAAACUACCUGACAAUUUUAAUGAAGCUAAGCUUAUCACAUUUAGUAUGCUCAUAUUCUCUGCUGUUUGGAUCACUUUUAUCCCAGCUUAUAUCAGUUCCCCUGGGAAGUUCACUGUAGCUGUGGAGGUCUUUGCAAUAUUAGCCUCAAGUUUUGGAUUGAUUUUCUGUAUAUUCUUUCCAAAAUGUUUUAUUAUUUUGUUUAGGCCAGAGAAAAACACCAAGAAACAUUUAAUGGGUAAAAAGUAAAAUGUAGAAAAGCUAAUGUAACCUUUAAAAUCAUACAAAGUAUAUAUUUAGUGUUGGUAUUUUUGGCAGUGGCAAGUAAAAGACUAAUCUAGUGUAAUUUCAAUCAUGUCGUACAUUAACCCUCAUUUUUAUUAUAAUUUGUCACGAUUAAAGUCCAUAAAUUAUGCUAUAUUUGAGUGGGCCAUGGUUUUCUUUUUACAUUAGGGGAGAGUGGGGUAAGUAGUGCCAAGUUUGACUUAAAGUGCCCUUAAAGCAAGGGGAUAACAGUAAUGCCUCCAACUAAGAUAUCUACAUAUAGUUUAGGAUGUUGUGCAUCCCUGGGAACAAUUACUUUGGAUCUUAAACAAACUGUUUGAGAAAUACAGCUUUAGAAGAAAAAGUGGUUUGGUGGCACAACUUGCCCCUGGUACGGGGUCAGUUGUGCCAUUAGAGAGAAUACACUGGGGGAAAUUGUGCCAUUGAUAAUUUCUGUAAAAAGGAUCAUUUUAAUAUCACAAAUGAUAAUUCUACAUAAAAGCAAGACAAAUUCAAUACAUCAAAGUCAAAGUCAAAGUGUGUUUAUUGUUGCAUGUACCAAAUUGCUUCAGCACAGCAAAAUUCUUACGACUUGGCAAGCAUCAUUCAUCUACGCAGUAUACGUCAUACAUAUAACAUAAAACUCUAUAACACUAUGACAAUAAAACAUAUAAAAUGUAACAUUAACAUACAACAAUUUAAAAAACAACAUAUAUAUCUGUAGCACUAUGACAUUAUAACAAUAUAACAUAUAACAUUAACAUUCAACAAUUAGAGUACAGUAGAAGGGCUAGCAGCAGUUUAAGUGUGAGUAGAGAAUAAGUUAAAAAGAAAUGCUAAGGAUAAGUUAAAAGUUUUUAAAAUUGUGCAAAUAUAUCUAUGAAGUGAAUUGUAUGAGUGGGGGAGCAGGGAGUAGGUGGAGGUGGCAACUGUUCAGAGGUUCAGUGUUUCUGAUUCAGAAGCCUUACAGCCAGGGGGAAAAAGCUAUUUGUGAGUCUGGUAGUCCGUGUUCGGAUGCUCCGGUAGCGUCUACCAGACGGCAGCAAUGAGAACAGUCCAUAGCCUGGGUGGCUGUUGUCCUUUAGAAUCUUUUUUGCUUUCCUCAGGCAUCUACUGUUGUAGAUGCCUUGCACGGAGGGGAGAUGGCUGCCGGUGAUACGCUCCGCUGUCUUCACCACCCUCUGCAGGGCCUUGCGGUCGGCAGCGGAGCAGCUACCAUACCAGGCAGUGAUGCAGCCUGAGAGGAUGCUCUCAAUGGUGCAUCUGUAAAAGUUUGUUAAAGUUUUUGAAGACAUGCCAAACAUGCCGUCUCCUCAAGAAGUAUA